AUGCAAGUGCAUGCUUGGGUCACGGGGCGACUUAUUGAAGCUACUGAGAGCCACUUCGGGCCUUUGCAUACGGCGGCAUUUUGGGGAUUAUCACUAUUUACCCAGACGAUACUCCCAGGAAACAAAUACCUAAAUUCAAACGAUUGGAUAUACUGCCGAGCGCCACUUUCCUAUGCGGCGGAGAGAGGGCAUGAAGCUGUGGUCAAACUACUACUUGAUGCAGCGGAGAGAGGGCAUGAAGCUGUGGUCAAACUCCUACUUGAUGCGGAGGGGAUUAGUGUGGACGUAAAGAGUAUUGGUGGACGGACGUCACUCUCUUAUGCAACAGAGAAGGGAGAAGAAGCUGUUGUAAAGCUCUUACUUCCUACUGAUGGGGUUGAAGUAAACGUGGGGGAUAUCAAUAGACAAACACCACUCAUCUGUACAGCAAUGAACGGGAACAAAGCUGCGGUCAAGCUUCUUCUUGCUGAUAAGAGAGUUGAUGUCAAUCAAAAGGGCCUUGAGGAAUUGACAGCACUGUCAUGGGCAGCAGCAAUGGGGCACGAAGCCGUAGUCCAGCUCCUACUUGCUGCCGAGGGAAUUAAUGUGGAAUCGAGGAGUGCCGAGCCGGACAGCACUCUCCUGGGCACCAGGGAUGGGGCACGAAGUUGUGGUGAUGCUCUUACUUAUUGUAGAGGGAAUUGA